CAACCAGCCGCGAGGCCGAGGCCAGCGAGAAGCCUGCGGCCCAGCCUGACUCCCAAAACAUGGAGCCCGGCACAGAAACGGAGGAGAAGGAUUACAGUGAAACGGAUGGGCUCUCAGAUAAAACAACACCCAGCAAGACCCAGAAAUCGCCCCAAAAAAUCAGCAAGAAGGUCAAGAGUGCCCUCUGCAGAGUGACCCUGCUCGAUGCCUCUGAGUAUGAGUGCGAAGUGGAGAAACAUGCCCGAGGCCAAAUUCUCUUUGACCUGGUGUGUGAGCACCUCAACCUCCUGGAGAAGGACUACUUUGGCCUUACGUUCUGCGACUCGGACAGCCAGAAGAACUGGCUGGACCCCUCCAAAGAGAUCAAGAAGCAGAUCCGCAGUGGGCUCUGGAACUUUGCCUUCACAGUUAAAUUUUACCCUCCUGACCCUGCCCAGCUCACGGAGGACAUCACGAGAUACUACCUGUGCCUGCAGCUCCGUGCGGACAUCAUCACGGGGCGCCUGCCCUGCUCCUUCGUCACACACGCCCUGCUGGGCUCCUACGCCGUGCAGGCCGAGCUGGGGGACUACGAUGCCGAGGAGCACGUGGGCAACUAUGUCAGUGAGCUCCGCUUUGCCCCUAACCAGACUCGGGAGCUGGAGGAGCGUAUCAUGGAGCUGCACAAGACCUACCGGGGCAUGACCCCAGGCGAAGCAGAGAUCCACUUCCUGGAGAACGCCAAGAAGCUCUCCAUGUACGGAGUGGACCUCCACCAUGCCAAGGAUUCGGAGGGCAUUGACAUCAUGCUGGGCGUCUGUGCCAAUGGCCUCCUCAUCUACAGGGACAGGCUAAGGAUCAACCGCUUUGCCUGGCCCAAGAUCCUGAAAAUUUCCUACAAGAGGAGCAAUUUCUACAUCAAGAUCCGCCCUGGUGAGUACGAACAGUUUGAGAGCACCAUUGGCUUCAAGCUCCCCAACCACCGUUCUGCCAAGCGUUUAUGGAAGGUCUGCAUAGAGCAUCACACCUUCUUCAGGCUGGUGUCCCCAGAGCCACCCCCAAAGGGCUUCUUGGUGAUGGGCUCCAAGUUCCGCUACAGCGGGCGCACGCAGGCACAGACACGGCAGGCCAGUGCCCUCAUUGACCGGCCAGCGCCCUUCUUCGAGCGCUCCUCCAGCAAACGGUACACCAUGUCCCGCAGCCUGGACGGAGAAUUCUCACGCCCAGCUUCUGUCAGCGAGAAUCAUGAUGGGGCAGAAGCUGAGAAGCAGGAUGAGGACGGUGAGUUUGGCCGCAGGAGACGUUCCGAGGCAGAAGACGAGGAAGUGACUACCCCAACAAAAAUCAAAGAGCUGAAGUUUUUAGACAAGCCAGAAGAUGUUUUACUAAAGCAUCAGGCCAGCAUCAAUGAGCUGAAAAGGACCUUGAAGGAGCCCAACAGCAAGCUGGUUCACAGGGAUCGGGACAGGAGGCUGCCUUCCUCACCAGCCUCUUCCUCACCCAAGCAUGAAGAUGAAACACCAAAGGGAACCCCAGAGAAGGCCAGAGAGAGAGCGGGCUGGAGGGAGGGUGCCGAGGAGAAAGCUAAGCUGCCUCGGCACAGGGCUCCCGAGAGCGACACCGGCGACGAGGAGCAGGAGCAGGAGAGGGACGCCGUCUUCCUGAAGGACAACCACCUGGCCAUCGAGCGCAAGUGCUCCAGCAUCACAGUCAGCUCCACGUCCAGCCUGGAGGCCGAAGUGGACUUCACGGUGAUUGGUGACUUUCAUGGGACAGCCUUUGAGGACAUAUCCCGGAGUCUGCCCGAGCUGGAUAAAGACAAGAGUGAGACAGAAGAUGAAGGCCUGGCUUCUUCCCAGGAUACUGAAAAAGUAGCUCCUGGACUCGACGAGGAUGUCAAAGGAGGGGAAAAGGUCUCCCAGCCUAGUCCAGAAGUAUCCCAGCUAGAGUCAGCAGUGCUGAAAACAGAUGCCACGAUGGCUGCUCCGGCAUCGGGCGCAAAGAAGCCUGAAGCAGAAGCCUCUGCCCCCCUCAAGGUGGAAGGAGGCACUCCAGGCAGCAAAGACGCAAUAGCCACUUCCCACAGUGUCACCACAGAGACCAUAUCAGCAACCUCCGAUCACAGCACCAAGGCAGGGAAAGGGACAGGAGCCACAACAGAACUUCGCUCCGUGUCACCGAUCACCGGCAGCUCUGCUGGGAAGGAGGUGCUCACCAGCAUGUUCAGUGCCACUGCAGAAACCCUCUCCACUUCCACCACUACCCAUGUUACCAAGACUGUGAAAGGAGGCUUUUCAGAGACAAGGAUAGAGAAGCGCAUCAUUAUCACGGGAGAUGAAGAUGUGGACCAAGACCAGGCACUGGCUUUAGCAAUCAAAGAGGCAAAACUACAGCAUCCUGACAUGCUGGUAACCAAAGCUGUGGUAUACAGAGAAACAGAACCUUCUCCAGAGGAGAGAGACAAGAAGCCUCAGGAAUCUUGACCAUCAUGUCCACAGAAGUUGGCAUCUGUAUUCAAGCCUGGAGAAUAGCGAAGAAGGAUCCUUUAUGCUGGAUUUGUCAGCAAGACAUAGACAUCCUGGCUGCAACGUUCAUGGCGAGAGACAAAAAUCAAAAAAAAUAAAGGAAUAGCAAAUAUAUUAUAUAUAUAUAUACAUACAUACAUACUAUAUAUAUAUAUAUAUAAAAACAGGAAACAAAAUGCAUCCUUGCACUGCUACUGUUUGCUGUAAAUGAAUUAAACCCAACAUCAACAACAAACAAAACCAACCAUCUUUGCAGAUAAAUUGAAGAAUUUAGCGGAUUGGUGAUGAAACAAAAUUAUAAAAUCAUGGUAAUAACAAUAGCAUUGUUAAAAGUACAAUAAGCCACCGUCUUGCAUGUUACCUAAAAGGAGACACAAUCUUGAGUUCAUUUGUUGCACACUGAAUGGAAAGGAGAACUGCUUUGCAACAAAGCAAGAAAUAAGCAAAAUGAAAUAACAGCCACAAGCAGAAGCAAAACCAUUUCCCACCUCUGGAAAGAAGAGAGAAACCAUUGAGUUUAUUACUUUAAAGUUACUUUCCGAUUUGGAACGUGUGGUUACACCCUUUUCCUCAUUCUAUGCUGGUUCUUUUGCAUUUUUUUUUAGUGGGGCAUCAUUAAUUCUGCCCCUUCUGUUCCUUAUCUUCCUCUCUGUGCAUUUUCCAAGCUCCAAGUUUCCAAGUUCUCUGAAGGUAUUUAGGAAUGGAUUUCAUUUCAAACAAAGCAAAUUAUAUGUAUAUGGUUUCUCACUUAUAACAACGCAGCCUGUAGGGGUUUCAUAUGGAUGUGCAUUUAAGUUAUGUAUAUUAUUAUAUAUAACAAGGGGGGAGGGAGGGAACAAUAUUGAAAUAAUUCAACAGUGCUGGUAAAUAUGAUGACGACGUUUUUAAAUUAUUAACUAUUUGAUUGACUGUGGUUGGUGUAUUUUGAGACUCUUAGCUCAUACUUGGGACUCUAGCCCUGCAAGAAGAGAAUGGGGACAGUUUCAGCCACUCCUGUUUGGG